AUGGCACGUGGUGGCAAAGGAAGCGGCGGCGCGAGCAAUGCCAAGGAGCUCAAGAUGUUCAUGGAGCACCGCAUGUGGCGCGACCACUGGCUCGCGCUCUCGGUCGUCGGCUCCAUUAUCGUCGCACUUUUUGCCGGCUUCUUCAUCCAGUUUAGCUACUCGGAGGCACGUCUGCACCAGAUUCGCCUCGACGACGCGCCUCUCGUCGAGCGCGUCUUCAAGUCGGGCGAGCCAUGGGUCGUGCUCUGCGCCAACGCCGACACGGUGCUGCCUGAGGUCUUUGACAAGGCGUCCGAGCGCCUCCUCGGCAAAAUGCACGUUGGUGUCCUCGACUGCGACGACCUCCACCCAUCCGGGAAGAGUGUCUUUAGCAAGUUUAGCAUGCGUCGCGACAUCUCGCCGACCGUGUUUACGGUCGCCAACGGCGAAAAGCCCAAGCAGCUCUUUUUGAAUUAUUUGCAAAAGCCGCGCGCCCUGGCAGCACAAGCGCUCGCGCAGACCGCCAAGCAGCUCCACGAGAUCCAGACAACGGCGCAGCUCGACGACAAGUGCCUCUCCAAGUCCGCGCCGUGCAUUCUCGUGUACCGCGCGGCGAACAAGAAGCUCGAGCAAUUCCAGAAAAAAUGGCUCCAAGACCUCAUGCACGCGCAGCGCGGCGCCAAGUUUGUGUGGGCCGACGCGGGCAUUCUCAAGCUCUCGGUCGAGUCGCUCUGGCCGUCCUCCACCAAGCGGGACCACCGCGUUAUGCUCUUUCAAAAGUCCAAGGACGAAGCGGGUGUCAUCACGCUCCAUGCAACGCCGCACACGUCGUAUUUUGAGCAGCUGGCCGUCGACCAGUUUGUGGCCGAGCGUGUAGCUGCCCCCGUCGCGUCGGCGACCAAGACGCUCACAAAGCCCGUGACACUCAAGCGCCGCACGACCAAGAAGGCGACAUCGCCGGCAACCGAGCCGUCGGCCGCCGAGGUUGAGCGCCAGCGCCGUGCCCGCAUGGACGAAGAGAGCAAGGUGCAUUUUGCCGAGUCGGUCGACGAGGCUUACGAAGCACCAACCCAUGAUGAGGACGAGGAUGACAUUCUCGACUUGGACGAGAUGUGA